CCCCCCCCCUCCCCGCGCAUGCGUGUUGGGGGGGGUGUCGCCGCCGCCGCCGUUAGCGCCGCCGGUGCCGGCGGGGCUCUAUGGGGAGAACAUGGCUCCCUUCCCCGAGGAGGUGGACGUCUUCUCGGCGCCGCACUGGCGGAUGAAGCAGCUCGUCGGCCUCUACUGCGACAAGCUGUCCAAGACCAACUUCUCCAACAACAAUGACUUCCGGGCUCUUCUGCAGUCCCUCUAUGCCACGUUCAAGGAAUUCAAAAUGCAUGAGCAGAUUGAAAAUGAGUGUAUCAUUGGCUUACUUCAGCAACGGAGCCGGACAGUGUACAACGUGCACUCGGACAACAAACUCUCUGAGAUGCUUAGCCUGUUUGAGAAAGGGUUAAAGAAUGUAAAGAAUGAAUACGAACAGCUAAACUAUGCGAAACAGCUGAAGGAGAGAUUGGAAGCCUUUACCAGGGAUUUCCUUCCUCAUAUGAAAGAGGAAGAGGAGGUUUUUCAGCCAAUGUUGAUGGAAUACUUUACUUACGAAGAACUGAAAGAUAUUAAGAAGAAAGUAAUUGCACAACACUGCUCACAAAAGGAGGCUGCAGAAUUCAGAGGUCUUAGUAAGUGGAAUCAAGCUGAAGAGCUUCAGAAGGUCUUUAAGUAUUCUGUGGAUGAGAAGGCAGAUCAAGAAACUGAAGUAACAGGGCACACCACAAAUAUUACUAAUCUUCCUCCUGAAGUAAUGGUGACCAUUUUCAGUUACCUUAACCCCCAAGAGUUAUGUCAGUGUAGUCAAGUAAGCACUGAAUGGUCACAGUUGGCUAAAACUGGAUCUCUUUGGAAACAUCUUUAUCCUGUUCGCUGGGCCAGAGGUGAUUGGUAUAGUGGUCCUGCAGCAGAUACUGAGACAGAACCUGAUGAGGAAUGGGUGAAAAAUAGAAAAGAUGAAAGUCGUGCUUUCCAGGAAUGGGAUGAAGAUGCUGACAUAGAUGAAUCUGAAGAAGCAGCUGAAGAUUCACUUGCCAUUAAUAUAGCACAAAUGGAAAAACGUUUCCUUCAUGGCUUAAUUCAAAAUGUCCUCCCAUAUGUAGGCUCCUCAGUGAAGACAUUAGUACUAGCCUACAGUUCUGCAGUGUCUAGCAAAAUGGUUAGACAGAUCUUGGAGCUUUGUCCCAACUUGGAAUAUUUGGAUCUCACUCAAACUGAUAUUUCAGACUCUGCAUUCGAAAGUUGGUCUUCACUUGGUUGUUGUCAAAAUCUUCGCCACCUUGAUCUGUCCGGAUGUGAAAAAAUCACGGAUGUGGCGAUAGAGAGGAUUUCCAGAGCUCUGGGCAUCAUAUCAACUCACCAUAACAGGGGUAUUCUGAAAGGCUGCAGAAACAGGAAUGCUAAGACCUUGUGGAAAAACAGAGAGAUUACUCUGCAGUCCAGCAAGAAGUAUAAUUGUUUGCAUGAAAUCAACAACGAAGACUUUAUCGACGGAAGAGACAGUGAGCAUCAUUGGACUGACCCUGACAGCUCAGAAAACUUCAAUUCUGCAUAUGUGUGGAUGCUAGAUGCAGAUGAUUUAGCUGACAUCGAGGAUGCUGCAGAGUGGAGACACAGAAACGUUGAAGGGUUUUGUCUCAUGGAACCAACAUCCCCCAUUAAUUGUUCUGCAUCUUGCUGCAGUAGAGACAUUUAUGGCUUAAGGACUAGAGGGUGGCAGCAGCACUGUGCUUCUACUGACUUGAUUUACUGCGGUCACUCAUUUUGUUGUGCUGGGACGGCACUAAGAACUAUUCAAGCACUUCCAGAGUCCUCUGCACUGUGUAGAAAAACAACAAGGACUAAACAGUCAGAGAAAAAAGACUUGGCAUACUCUGGGAGUGAAAAACCAGAUGAAGAGACUGCACGAGUUCUUCAGUUUCUCAGUCUGUCUGGGUGUUACCAGAUCACAGAUCGUGCUCUCAGGGCACUGACUCUGGGAGGAGGACUACCACACUUGGAACACCUCAACCUCUCGGGUUGUCUCACUGUAACUGGUGCAGGCCUGCAGGAUUUAGUUGCUGCAUGCCCUUCGCUAAACGAUGAACACUUUUACUACUGUGACAACAUUAACGCUUAUCAGGGAUUGUUUUCGGGGAAGGAGAUAUGUUCUGGGAUCGUGUUGGAAAACCCGUCAGUCUUGCAGAACAAAAAAUGGAGCCGACAGCAUGGAAUUUAGCCGUCUUUGAUUAAUAAAGAUACCAUUUUGUUGUCUUUGACAUAUAAGGGCUUUACUUUCACCUACAGCCUGUUUUCAGAUUUCUUUCUGUAUAAUCCCUGAGCCUAACACGUGCAGCCUCAUUGGAUAUUCUCUGUGGAGAUCUUGCUGGACUUGUUUGGUAGGCGUGUUGGCAACUUUCAGCUGUUCAAGUUGGGUCAGUCACAGCUGCAGUACAGCAAUAACAUGAUACAGUUUUUAUCUGAGCCCACAAACCUGCACACACCUCCAGAUUUAUUUUCUAUUUGUUUACUGUUAGUAUGAUUCCAGUUCUUGGUUUGCGUAGUAAUGUUUAGUUUUGAAUCUCUGCCUGCUUUGCCCUGCACCGGAGACUUGAGCUAGGUAACCCUCAGCUGCAGGUGACAACGAAUCUGGUGUACACCCCUCCUAAUUGCUGGUCUUCUGUAAUGGCUGAAACAUUUGAUGGAAAAACACUAAACUCAGUAAGAAAGUUUAAUUUUUAAACUUUUAAAAGUUUAAACUUUAAAUUUUUAAGAGUUACAAACUUUAAAGUUGCAACAGGUAUUUCCCCAUAGGCUGUUUUGUCCAGCCGCGUUCAGUCUCCUUACUGUACUGUCAGUUUUAAAUCCUGCAAUGCGGGCAGCUCCAGGGUUAGAAAAAUGGGGCUCCCUGGUCCCUGGAGCAGUACCUCUUCGCAGCUUUUUAGUAUCAAUUCAGUUUCUAGAUUUUUUUUUUAGUGUAGUCCUCAGGUGCUAUACUUAAAGGAUUAGGGCAUUAAUAAAAUGAAGUUGUGAUUCUGCUUCACUCUUUUCUUGUGAGGUUGGGAAUUCAUUGCUCACAGUUUGAUCUGUCUUCCAGCAAUGGAGCUGAGAACUUUGAAAUUUUUGGUUAGGUUAUGGACUCCCCUGUGCAGAUUUAUAUGGGAGCACAUUGUUACUUUAAGGCUUUGGACUCUCCCUAAGUUCUGCAGAUACACAACAGCCACUCUUUAUGAGAGCGUCUUGGUUACCUUCAUCAAAGGUUAAUAGACAGUAACACUCAAACUGAGAUUUCAAAUGAAUGUUGGCUUUAUAGUUUUUCAAGGCCAAUGCUUAAUUUGAUCACUUUUUUGUAAUUCCCUUGUAAAGUGGUGCCUUUGCUACAUGACCGUCCAAUGUGGUAUGUGCUGUUGGGAAUGAAGGAACCUCUCGCUGAGCUGGAACCCUCAACCUUUGCAACUCGUUUUCCUUGCUUUGGGCUGUGGCUUCGCAGUGGUGAUUGUGAAAAUGAGCAGUCCUUCCCUCCCUGCUGUCCUUCCUGAUGUCGGUGUUAGCCUUUCUGUUUCUACUUGGUAAACUAAACCAAGAACUGGGGUAGCUGAAGGCUUUUUUUCUUCUCAGAUGGGUUGGGGAUCCAUUUUGCUGUAUAUCCACAAGUAUUUCUGCUGCCACGGGUGAGGGCUAGAACAGGUGGCUAAAGGGUCACAAUGGUAGCAGGCAGGUGUGUGCUGGGCUGAAGGGGCUCUUUCACCACGGUUUUGGUCUUGGUUGGCAUGCCUUCUGGGUGAAAUGCUUAACUGCCUUCUGGGAGAUUUGUUACGUGUAUUAGUGAAAUAAAAAUUCAUCAAAAUGGAGUUAUCAAAUAGCUGUGCUCCUUUCUUAGAUUGCCAGCCACGUUUAUAUUAAUAUUUGAAAACCUUGGAGUUGUUCAGCAGGAGCAAGCAGACCUCUCCUGUGGGUCACCUGAAGUGUCUGAGUAAUCAGAACUAGAUUUAAAGAGCAUUACAAUAAUCCAGUUUAGAGGUGACUAAGCCAGCAAUGCAGUCUGCGGCAGGUUAGGUGAGAAUCCGAUUAACUUUGCUUCCCCAGGUGAACGACCCCAGCACUCACUGAACUCAGGCACUUCACUGCUAGCACCGCGUUGUCAGGAGAACAAGAGGGGCCCUUCUGAAAAAGCCAACCCUCCUGUAGGACCUAAAAAGAUGAUGUACUCACUGAACUGCGUACAGCUCCCUUCUUAUGGUCUCCGUAUUGCUUAACCUGGUGCUUCAGCGAGGUGGAAUGAAUGGGAGCCCUUGAACGUGGAGUCCAAAGAAAACAGAAUAUUUUCUGGCGUUUUCUCUUAUUUAAUGGCCUUUUUAAGUAGAGACAGUUUGUAAACAGAGUCCAGUCCAAUGAGGUCAGUAACAAAAAGUGGAGAAGACAGAAAUUGGGAAGGCAAAGAGUCGUAAGGACAGUCAGAUGUAACAAAGUUAGGAAAACAAAAAUGGUCCUGUGACUGCCAAAAGCAAAGGUAGUGAAUGUUGCUGUGUCAAAUGCAAAAAGAACAGGCUAAGGAGGACUGGGAUACUUACAGAGGAGAUGCAUGACCAGUGGUAGAGGAGAUCAAUUGACGUGUCAGAACAUAAGAAUGAAAUGACAGAGUCUCAACCAAACAGACUUGCUGUUACAACAAGGUAAUAAACAUUAUUAAUAGUUGUUUUAAUAAGCAGAAAUAUCUUCAAUUACGGGAAUUGCCUGCGUGUGCUCAGAAACAAUACAGAGCAGGAGAUCUCCGGAGCUGUGCUGUGAAACCUGAGCUUCAUUUCGUCAGAGUUCUUCAUUAGAGGCUCUAAAGGAAAUGCAGUGUUGUCAGGAGGUUUAGAUAUGGGACAAGAAACGCAGCAUAGGAGGAAGCUUUCACUGUGGUGUGGUUAAUGUAACUUGUAAGUCAGUGCCUAAUAAUUUAGGAGAUUGUAAAUUUUUCAGAUGAUGCAGCUUACAAGUUUCUACAUUCUUAAAGCAAUCCUACAGCAACUUAAAAUCUUAAACUUGAAAACUGAAAGCUAGUUAAAGGACAGGAAGAAGGGGUAGGGCUUAAUGGUCACUGGGCAGGAUCUGGGAGCUGAUGCCUCUCCCCGUGCCCCCAGGAGCACUGUGCUGGGGUAAGUUCUGUUCAGCACUUCGGUCGCUGUCUUGGUGCGAGUAAUGGAAUUGCUUCCAAGUUUCAAAUGGUACUGAGCUGCCUCAAAUAUUGAUGCUGGUGCUGAAGAUUGCCACAAGGACUUCUCGUGAUCUUCGGUAGAGCUGUAUGUAUGGCUGUAUGUCUGGGAGGAGUGCAGUAAUCAAACCGUGAUUGCAUGAGACUGAAUUCAGAGCCGGCAGUCGCAACUGGGAGACGGUUGCAGAGAGCUGUCAGUGCUAAUUCUGAGAUCUUUCCUGUUUGCAGCAGCAGCCAAAAGGGCCAACAAUGUUUUCAACACUGAGAUCGCAAGGGUGUUGAGAACAAGAUAGGAAGGUGUUGCUGCUUGUUCCUGGAAGCCUCGGGGCACCCACACUCGGAGCUGCUGCAUGCAGCGUUGGUCUCCCUGUCCGGUAAAGUGUACGUAGCGGAGUUCAAGAUGUGGAAGAGGUCUAUCAAAAAGAGUUAGGGAACAGAGCAGGGAGCAGUCUUGCAGGGAGAUGCUCGAAAGGCUGGAACGCUUCAGUCCGGGAAUGAGAAGGCUGAAAGGGAGAUGGAUGUUUAGAGGUCUGGGAAGGCAGUGGAUGACGUGAAUGUGCAGCAGCUUACCGAACUCUGCAGUACUGUAGCUCAGCGACAGUUGUUAAAAUUAGUAGGUGGUUGAUUUAAAACAGAUGCACGAUGUAGUGAAUUUCUAGAACUCGGUCCCGUGGGGAAUUGUGGAAGCAGUUAGUAUCAAAGGUUUAAAAAGGGGGUUAAACAAAUUCAUGCACAGAGAGCCAUAAACAAAUACCAAAGGAAAUGAGCUUCAGCAUCUGUAGUACACCAGUACUGAAUGCUGUGGGGAAUGGGAAAGGUUUGCACAGGGGGCUUAUGUGACUGCCCUGGACAACACUUGCUGUUGGCAGUGCCAAGUUGGUGCUGGGUUGGACGGCCCACGGGCCAGCUCUUAUGGUCAGUUACUAGCAUGAGGAAGAGCAUUCUUGAGAUGAGCAAUGAAGUGGUGGAAGGCACUAUUAGAAGUAUAGUGAGCAACGCUGUGCCUUGGGAUGUUGUGGCUCUGUAAGUUUUGUCACAAGCGUUGUUCCUAGAAGCGUGACAGUUGCUUCAGAACUACUGAUGCGCUGCUUAGCUGUGGCAGUGAGGAGGAGGGUCAGCUACGGCUUGGGAAGUGCUGCUGCCCAGAACGUGCUCUGCUAAAUCUGCUAAACCACCUUUUCAGAAGCACCGAGUCUCCUUUUUAAAGGACUGUGGAAGAAGGUUUCAAACUCUAGCUCGUAAGUGAUGUGGAGGAGCGAAACGUAGCUCAGGUGAAUAAAAAGACUUGAAAGGGAAAGUAAGUUUAUCAACAAGUGAAGAUAUUGCUGACUUGCAUAUUGUAACCAUUGUCCUCCGUUAUAGCUUCAGGUUUGUUUUAUUCAGUCUCAUGCAUGUUAAUUUAAUUAUCUUGUAGAAUAUUGCUCAUCGGUGUGUGGCAUGAAGCAAAAAACUGAUUUCCAGAGACAAGGUUCUGGGGGAAUUAAUUGAAUUAUGACUUCAAGCUACUGUUCAAGGGGGAAAAACAAGCCAGACAUAGCAUGGUGCCCUUACUCAUUACGUUAUUUUGCUAAUCUCUUCUAAAUGUAUUGAAAACACCUUAAAUAGUCUCCGAUUUAUUUCAAGUACGAAGGGGGAAAAAAUGGAUUGUCCUGGUUAGCUCUUGACCAGCUUGCUGUGGUCAACUGAAAGUGUGUCGCUGAGUUACGUUGGGUGCCAGAGCUCGGCCAACCUGACUGUAAAUGUUUGUCUCUCUGAAGCAGGCCUAUGGCUGCAGGAAAUAAAAUCCUGUACUAAUAAAUCCAAUAGUUUCUUGUCUUAUGAUCACUUUAACAUUUGAAAGGGAUAACAAUGUGAAGGUAAGUGGAGGUGGGUAGAACUACGGCAUUGGUUUGUACGGUCUGUGCCUCACAGCUUUCUUUUUUGGAUGUCUCCUUUUUAGCCUUACGGCUUCGGAUAAUUGUAGGGAUAGUAAAGGUGCUUUUCUUUUUAGACUCUGAAUUUCCAGUCAAGAGUACGGGAGGUCUAGCCAACUAUGAAAUGUUCCUGGAAAAAAAAACACUUUACAGGCUAAGAAUUGUUUCUAUAUAAAUAGAAAUAGAUUUAGAGCUUGUGGCUUUUUUGGUAAUACCGUGAUGUCAUCCUCUAAAUUUGGAAAAUGGGACUUAAACACGCAUUGUGAAAAUACACCUCGAUUGUGAAAGGUAGCUGUGAGAGCUCUUUAAAAUUUGCUGAUUUAGUGUUGCUUAUCCUACAUCUGUGUCAUUUUAAAUGUUACAUUCAUGGGACAAAGCUAUCUCAAAAAAAAACAAAAAAAAAAAACUAAAACCCUCUCAAAAUAGCUGUUUGAAGUGAGGUGUUAAUACAGUGACGUUACUGGCGGCAGCCUUUCAGACUUUCACAGUGCUGAAUGAAGUUUUUGUGUUUAAAAAAAUACACUUUAUGAAUUACCAGGUUAGAAGAAUUCUGUACCUAAGCGGCCUAUUUUCUUCUUUUCACAUUUGUUCUG